CGAGCCAUCUCGUGACUACAUGCUCUCUACAUGUUGUCACUGCCUGUGGAACUACGUAUUCUAAUCUAUGCCCUUUACCUUUCAGAACUGCAACACGUUCCUGGUAAUCAGCAACCCAAAAAUACCCAUUUCAGACUUUUGCAUGUCUGCAGACAAAUUUCAUACGAGGCCGGUCAAUUGGCAAACUUCCGUUCUUAUGUAUCCCUCAUUCACGAGGAUCAGAUCGCAGCUUUCAAUGCGAAUAUCAGUACUGAGGCUGCAUCGAGGAUCCUGCAUGCCGAUGUUGCCAACGAUUCAAGAUUGGUGCAUGCGUCUGGUCAUUCUGUCCCUGUCUCUGAACUCUAUCUCGUGUUAUCCAAACUCGUAUCCCUGCGCAGGCUACGAGUGUUUGAACGCAACCGAACCAGGCCUAUGAAGGAUUUCAUCCUGGGAGCUCGCUUCACUGUGGAAUUCGAAAAGGCAAUGUUCCCUUCUGGCAGAGUGCCACAACUCGAUUCCUACGAACUUUAUUUGAGCCCGUUGAAGAGCUCAGCUCGAAUCUUUCAGGUUGUAUCCUGUAAUAGCGUGCAAAGGCUUCGUCUCUCAGGGGAUUGCGGACUUCCACAAGGCACGAAACUCCCCAGGCUCACCAAUCUCGCAAUCAAUGGGGUCACAGGACAUUACCUGGAACAACAUAUGGAGGAAUACUUUGCCCAGUCUCAGCUCAAAGAAUUUCAGUAUACGCAAGGUGCCAAAGCAGGAGCGCAUUUCGAGCUUAGAGAUCGACAUCUGAAUUCUUUGGUCUUUGGAUCAGCGUCUGGAUUGCACAAAUUAGUUUUAUUAGGCUGCAGUCGCUUGUCUAGCCUAACCUUGACAUCCUGUUUGAGGCAUUUGGAUCAACUGCGUUAUCUGGCUCUUUCGUUUGUUUCUGUUCACGAGUUGGAUAGUGACUUCGUUGGCGCGUUUCCUAGUUCUCUUAUAGUACUAAAAGUCAGUAUUAGCAACGCAUGGUAUACAAAUCCUUUACUACAAGAAGAGCACAAACUCUGUGACUCUGUCGAGGAUUUGAUCAUCAAGCGGAGACCCCCACUCAAAUUUGUUUUUGUGAACUUUCGAGACGAGGUCAUGGCAAUGUCGGGGCGCGGGAAAAGAUGGACCAGGAUAGCAGAAGAAAGAAAGUUUGCACUGCAGCUAGGGGCAUGGGAAGAGGAUGAAAUUUUCUAAUUGACUCGAAAAUA